CAGGCGGCCGCCGUCAUCGGCAUCACCAUCACCGAGACCUAUCGCCGGAGAGCCACCGAAUCCACCGCAUCGGAGAGAGUAGAGGUUAGCAUUAGGCGGAGGUCAAGAUGGUGUGCAUCCGGCAGGCGACCAUCGACGACCUGCUGGCGAUGCAGGCGUGCAACCUGAUGUGCCUGCCGGAGAACUACCAGAUGAAGUACUACCUCUACCACAUGCUGUCGUGGCCGCAGCUCCUCUUCGUCGCCGAGGACUACGGCGGCCGCAUCGUGGGCUACGUGCUCGCCAAGAUGGAGGAGGACCCCUCCGAGCCCUGCCACGGCCACAUCACCUCCCUGGCGGUCCUCCGCUCUCACCGCAAGCUCGGUCUCGCCACCAAGCUCAUGUCCGCCGCGCAGGCCGCCAUGGACCAGGUCUUCGGUGCCGAGUACGUCUCCCUCCACGUCCGCCGAUCCAACCGCGCCGCCUUCAACCUCUACACCUCCACCCUCGGGUACCAGAUCCACGACAUCGAGGCCAAGUACUACGCCGAUGGGGAGGACGCGUACGAUAUGCGCAAGCCUCUCCGGCAGCCGCAGCCGAAGAAGCAUCACCAUCACCACCACCACCACCACGGCCCCGGUGGGUGCUGCUCGCACGACGCACCUGCGGCGGCAACUGGUUCUCAGUCUUCUAGUUCGCCGGAUAAGAAGGCUAACACUUGACGGAGGACUCAUAUCUACAGAGAGGAGUCGCCAAGCUCAUUUGAAUUUCUAUAAGCAUCUUUUCUCUCACCGGAAGAUAAAAGAUUGUAGCGUUCUUUUCCUAAUAGGAUGGAAAAGAUCUGUACUGUGAUUAUUUGUGUACUUUCUUGGUCCAUUCCUCAAAUCGUCUGACCUAAUCUUUGUAAUCAGUGAGAAUGGCAAGCAAAUAUACUUUGACAUUGUAUUGUCUGUAAAAACAUGUGCUCCACCGUGGUUCUCACAGUUUAUUUGAUUAGUCAUCCCUGACAAUUUGGUCAGAUUUUAUACAGCAAGAUAUAAUACAAGUUGGAACCUGAGAUGCUGUUGUUUUAUUA